GAGUGCGCGCUCCGUUUCCGGGGGAGGAGGGCGAAGAAGGACUUGCGCGCGACGGUUCUCGUCGCUGCUAUGGAGGCGCUGACCAUGGGUGUCCGGGCGCUGCGGCUCUGGCGGGUCGCAUCCGGUUUGGGGAUCAGCUGGAGAUUUAUAGCAACAUCUCCAGCUUCUCAGCUGUCGCCGACAGAAUUGACAGAAAUGCGGAAUGACCUCUUUAAUAAAGAGAAAGCCAGGCAGUUAUCAUUAACUCCCCGAACUGAGAAGAUAGAAGUUAAGCAUGUUGGGAAAACUGACCCCGGUACUGUCUUCGUGAUGAAUAAAAACAUUUCAACUCCCUACAGUUGUGCCAUGCAUUUAAGUGAGUGGUACUGCAGGAAGUCCAUUCUGGCUCUGGUGGAUGGACAGCCUUGGGACAUGUAUAAGCCUUUAACAAAGUCGUGUGAAAUUAAAUUUCUUACUUUCAAAGAUCGUGAUCCAGGAGAAGUGAAUAAGGCUUAUUGGCGUUCCUGUGCUAUGAUGAUGGGUUGUGUGAUAGAGAGGGCAUUCAAAGAUGAAUAUAUGGUCAAUUUGGUCAGAGCUCCGGAAGUUCCUGUAAUUUCUGGUGCCUUCUGUUACGACGUAGUUUUGGAUAGCAAACUUGAUGAGUGGAUGCCAACAAAAGAGAACUUACGUUCUUUCACAAAGGAUGCUCAUGCUUUAAUUUAUAAAGAUCUUCCAUUUGAAACUCUGGAAGUUGAAGCAAAAGUGGCAUUGGAAAUAUUUCAACACAACAAGUACAAAAUAGAUUUCAUAGAAGAGAAGGCAUCUCAGAACCCUGAGAGAAUAGUCAAGCUACACAGAAUAGGUGACUUCAUUGAUGUGAGUGAGGGCCCUCUUAUUCCAAGAACAAGUAUUUGUUUCCAGUAUGAAGUGUCAGCAGUUCACAAUCUUCAACCCACCCAGCCAAGUCUCAUACGAAGAUUCCAGGGUGUGUCUUUACCCAUUCACUUAAGAGCACAUUUUACGAUAUGGGAUAAGCUAUUGGAAAGAUCUCGGAAAAUGUAUGAAACACUUCAUGUUGCUCAAAUGGAAACUGUACAGAAACAGGUUACUCCCUUCCUUCUCCGUGGAUGCAACACUUUGGCAUGUUUUCUCUUUUUUUUUCCUGCAGAUCUAGGCAGAUACAUACAAAUAUAAAUGUAAUUUCUAAAAAACAUAAAUAGGAUCAUACUAUACUUGCUUGCAUUUUUUGCCAAACAGUGGCACAGUAAACAUCCUUGUGCAAAAAUGGCAAAUGUUUGUAGUAAAUAACGUUAACUGAGUAUUUAUCAUGUGCUGGGCCUUGUGCUAAGCUCAUCACCUGAAACCUUUUGUGUAAUCCCCACAGUGACCUGUUGAGAAGAUAUUUCUAUUUUUUAAAUGAGGAAACAGCAUAGAGCUUGAAAGUGGUAAAGUGGGAAUUUGAACGGAGACAGUUUCACUCACAUGCUCUUAUGUUCUACGUUGCCUUAUGUAUAAAUAAUUUUGUAGGAAUAGCUUUCUGGCAGUGGAAUUAUUGACAGGCGCUACCAGAUGCUGGCUUCCCAAAGGUUUUGCCGAAUGUUACUCCCAGUAACAGUGUCUGAGAGUGCCUGUUUACCCACACCUUGAGUAAGCCUUGGUAAUCAGUCUUACAAAAAUAUUUUGCCAAAAAGUUUCUGCUUCAGUGUCAGCAAGUUUUCUGUGUCUUGUGCACAGGCUUCCUCUGAAGGCUGUAUUUUUUUUUUUUUUUUUUUCUGGGUGAGGUCAGUCCAUAUCUUCCUGUUUCUUGAUUAACUUUCUCAUUUUGCUAGCAUUUGUCUCUAUGCUCCUUUCUAGGAAAAAAUGUCUAAGAGGUGAGCCAUUGCAUGUCCAAAGUGGGUUCUGCACUUGUAUUUGAUGAACUAUUAAGCUAGAUACAGAAUUCUAGAUUGAAUAGUAGUUUUCUCUUCGAACUUUGAAAGCAGCUCAGUUAUUUUCUGGCAUCUGAUUUUGCUAAUAAAAGGUCUGAUGCCAGUCUGAUUCUUGUUCCUUUUUAUGUAACCUGUUCUCUGCAUCCCCUUCCCUCAACACACUCUGGACACUUAGGAUCUUUUUAUUCUUGGUGGUGUAAAGUUCGACAAUCCUGUACCCGUAUCUAGGUCUUUAGUCAGUUAUUCUGCUUGGUACGUAGGCGGUCCUUUCAAUUUUCGACAUCUCUCUUUUAUGUUUUUUUACUUUUUUUGUUCUUUCUUUUCUCUGGAGGUUCUUUGUUUCUCUAAUACCGUUCAGCUGUAUUUGCAUCUUCUAUAUUGGUCCUCCGUAUUUUUUUCCCUUUCUCUAUUAUUUUUCCUGCAUUUAUAUUUUACUUGUAAUACAUUAUGUCAAGCAUAUUUUAAUUUCUGAAAGCUGUCUUUUGCUUCUCUUUCAUAGAAUCCUUUUCAGGUUUUUGGAUGUGAUGUUUUUUCAUGAAGCUCUCUGAAGAUAUCGAUAUAAUUGGUAUUCAUUUGUUCAUUCACUUUCUAGUCCCUGAAUUAUCUCUUUUCUCUGGUGACAGAUUUUUUAUCUUAGUCUUUCACUUACAUGUUUCAGGCUUUUUUCAAAUGUCUUAUGUUUAUUGGCUGUCAGUUUGUAAUUGAAAAUGUGGAUGUAGGGAGGUUGAGUGGCAGCUCUGUGGUUUGAGCAAGGUUUGGCUUCUUGUAGGCAUCACUAAGGAUGAGUAGGUGAAUCUGGCUGGUAGCACGAGGGUUUGUAAAAUGCUAGAAUGAAGAGGUCUUGUCUUGGCUACUGAUUUCUAAAUUGACUCCUAGUUUUAUGCAGACUGUUCUUUCACUGACUUUAUAAAAGAUCCCUUUGAUAUUUUACAUGGGGCACUCCUUGGAUUUAGGUCAUUCUGUAUUUGAAGAUGGGGUAGUGUUCAACCAGUUCGUAUACAGGCCUUUAAUUAAUUCCUUUCUUUUUAAUUAGUUUAGAUUCAAUUAAUUCCUCUACUGUCUUCUAUCAUCUAUGAACUUCUGCCGUCUCUGAUCUAAGGCCCAGUUGGGCCGCUUGGCUGCCUCUGAUGGAACUUCCUCCACCUGUUUUCUAGGUGGUGACGUUCUCUAGUGUUUUAUUAGUUACUUAGCUUUUUGUCUUUUAGAAUUUGGUUGACAUCUCUUGUUUAUUGAUUUUUUUUCCCAUUCUCUUUGUUGUUUGUGAAUUUAUAUACUUCAACAUUUUUUUCUCUUAAAAAUUGUGAAAUAUUUGAGCAUACAGAAGAGUACAGAGAAUAAUUUCACAAACUUGUUUGAGUGGGUGUUUUUCAUGCUUUUUGGGCAACUAGCACUGUUUGAACACCUGCUUUUUGGCAACUUCCCACUCCAUGGAUCCUACCUUACCCAGUAGAAGAAUGAAAUUUAAUUUCCUACCCUUCCUUACAGCUACGGCUGAGACAGGUAGCGUGGGCUCACCAAUUAGACAUACCUGUGUGAAAUCUGGAAGCAAGUACUUUGCAGACAAGAGUAGUUGUUGAGAGGAGCAGUGAUGUGGUUUUCAAUGCAGCAGUGGCAGAGGUCCCAUGUAAUGGUGCAAGGUGUGGAGGCUGUGCUUAGCAGUUUUUCCCCCACAGCUGCUCCAGGGUAUAAAAAUCGGUGUUUUUUUGAGCCUCAUAGUCCUGACCUCCAGGCCUGAGACUUGUGAGCCAUUUUUUUUCUGUUUGUUUAAACUAGCAAGUGUAGAUCCUGUUGUUUAUAACCAAGAGUGUUGAUAUACAGCCACUAUUUAAUUGUAACCACUGUCAACCUUUUUCCUUAUUUACUUCAUAUCGUUUUGUGUUUAAAUAAAGGAAAAACUGCACAUCCAUUGAA